AUGGCCAUGGUUGAUUCUCAUUACCGUUUUGUAUGGGUUAGUUGCGGUUAUCCCGGGAACUCCCAUGAUGCUAUCAUUUUUAGGUCUACAAACCUCGGGAAUGCAAUCCAAGAUGGCCUUCUACUCAACAUGGGCAAAGCAGUUGGUGAAGUAAAUGCACCACCUCUUAUAAUAGCCGAUUCCGCCUUUCCCUUCCAGGGAUGAAAUCGGGAAACUGUUACUCAUGAGAGAGUGCAGAAGUGUGCAUGAUGUUUCGGGAGAGGCGACUUGA